AUGUUUUACCCACUGAAACUCAUCCUGAUGACAGUGUUACUCAGUUAUUCCUUGGGCCUGAAUGACUUGAUUGUUUCCUCCGCGGAGCUAACAGUCCAUGUGGGUGAUUCAGCCCUGUUGGGAUGUAUUUUCCAGGGCACAGAAGAGAAACUUGUGACCAAGGUAGACUGGAUAUUCUCAUCAGGAGAGCACUUCAAGGAUGAUUACGUGCUCUUCUAUUAUGCCAACAUCAGUGUGCCUGUGGGGCGUUUCCAGAAUCGUGUGAGCUUGGUGGGGGACAUCUUACACCAUGACGGUUCUCUCCUGCUGCAAAAUGUGGAAGAGGCUGACCAGGGAAACUAUACCUGUGAAAUCCGCUUCAAAAUGGAGAGCCUGGUGUUCAAAAAAGCAGUGGUCCUGCGUGUACUGCCAGAGGAGCCCAAAGAGCUCACGGCUCAUGUGGGUGAUUCGACUCAGAUGGGAUGUGUUUUCCACAGCACAGAAGAGAAACACAUGACCAGGGUAGACUGGAUGUUCUCAUCAGGAGAACACACCAAGGAGGAGAUUGUGUUGCGCUAUUACCCCAAACUCAAGGCACCCAUGGGAUACCCCCAGAACUGGGGCCGCUUCCAGAACCGUGUAAACCUGGUGGGAGACACUUCCCGCAACGAUGGCUCCAUUAUGCUCCACAGAGUGAAGGAGUCUGAUGGAGGAAGCUACACCUGCAGUAUCCACCUGGGGAACCUGACAGUCAGGACAACCACUGUGCUGCACGUGAUCCUGAAAGAGCCUCGAACAUUGGUGACCUCAGUAACCCUCGGACCUGAGAUCCUGGGCAGUAAUCAGCUGGUGAUCAUUGUGGGGAUUAUCUGCGCCACUAUCCUGCUGCUUCCUGUUCUGAUAUUGAUUGUGAAGAGGACCUAUGGGAAUAAGAGUUCAGUAACUUCCACGACCUUGGUCAAAAACCUGGAGAACACAAAGAAGGCAAAUCCAGAGGUAAGAGAAGAACUCUGCCAUUUUGCUGCUGUGCCCAGUGAGGGCAAGAAACAUAUCUACUCCUCGAUAACCAUGCAAGAGGUGACUGAUGAAGAAUCAAGUGGGAAGUCAGAGGCCACCUACAUGACCAUGCACCCAGUUUGGCCUUCUCUGGGGUCAGCACCAACUAGCCCAUCUGACAAAAAGUCAGACGGGGGAAUGCCCAGGACAGAGCAAGCCUUUUGA